AUGGAGUAUUGCUUUGACCUGUACAAUUUAUAUUUUAAGUCCGAUCAUCUUAACACCAAUUCACUUGUAGUUAAUCAGACACUUCCUGCUCUUUCUGAGGAUGACGUGAAAAGUGUGCUCGAUGAGAUUCCAGCAUUCCCGGACGAUCAACCUCAACCUAAAUUGCUGUCAGUGCAAAACCCUGGAUUUGAAAACCUACACACGACUUCAUUUGUAGUUCCUACCAAUGUUAUGACAAUUGUGGGCAACAUAGGCGCUCCAAAGAGAAUGAAACAAUUUUUGAAGAAGGUUUCAGAUUCCCAACAAUUAGGACCACAAGAACCACAACCAAAUCGGGAAACGCCACAUCUCAGAGCACAAUGCUAUCCAUACAGCUCUCCUGCACACUAUCAAGUUGCUUCUGAAAUCUACAAACCGCUUUUGUCAAGUCAUUCUGGUGGAGAAUUGCAAUUCCGACGUCCGAAUCCGAAUCAAUCUGUUUUGCCAGAGCCACAGCAAUAUCAAAAACAAGCUUAUCAUUGGCCGGAGACCAUAAUUUCAGAAUUUCAGCCAGCGGCUGGAGCUUAUGAUUAUCAAUCUUACAUGACUUCUGCACUGGCCAAUUAUUCUCAAUAUACGAUUAAACCGAGACGAAAACGAACAAAAUUCACUGAAACUCAAUUAUCUGUGUUGGAAGCAAAAUUCCAGGAAAACAACUAUAUUUCGAUGAAGGAGAGAAAUGACCUAGCUGAAGAACUGAAAUUGAAUCCUAUGACUGUUAAGAAUUGGUUCAAAAACCGAAAAGUUUUACAAAAAAAGAGAAGAACUUUGUCCGGGAAUUGUUGGCAACCAUCUUCGCGCAAUGAUGAAUGA